GCAUAUCUUCUAUCGGUUGAACGAGGCAUCACAGUUUUCGCUGACAACGAUCUGUCUUUUGCGGCUGUUUUCCGUUUUCAUUUCGGCCAUAUUCAUAUCCUGAUCUUCUGUUAGUUCGUUUUUCCUCAUGUGUAAAAAAAAAAAAUGGUAGAGUUUCCAAAAGUUUUCGUCAAACAUUUAGAUGAGGAUCAAGCAAUGAAAAUUACUUUUGUUUAUGGAAAUUCAGAAUUACCCGAUCAAAGUUUUUGUUUUCUGCGAUCCGAAAACGAGAAAUUAGAAGCAACUCUUUCACGGAUACGAAUUAAAAUACAAAACUCAAUUACACGGAAGAUUUCCAAGGUAAAGAAAAAACACUUAAAGGAUGAAGCAGAAUUACCUUCUGUGGACGUAUUGCUGAUGAAAGAUGGGGUGAGAAUUGAUGAGAACAAAAAGAACAAUGAGGUAUGGACUUCGCAUAUUCGAAUGAAAAUUAACGAUUGUGUGUAUGAAAUAUAUGAAAAUUUACCUGCAGUGACCGAUUUGCAUGCUCCAAAACGCAUUAUGGCUGGCUUUCCCGCGUAUCCAAAAGUUAUUUUAGAAUCUUGUACAAAAGACGAAAGUGUUUUUAAGUGGUAUAUAUCAAACAAACUUGAUAAGCAUCCUAAAACUAAAAAUACUGAUGUUACUAAAUUGAAAAAGGAAAACUGGAUCGAGGUAUGGGAUGGUUUCAUUUAUGUACCAAAAGAGAGUGAUGUUGGCUUCAAAUUAAAAGUUUCCUGUAUUCCAAAGUAUGGCGAAAAGACAGGAAUAGAGGCAAAUACGAUUUCUGCAAGUGCUGUUCAACCAGGACCUGGUAGGUGCCCAUUUGAAGAUAGGCAUGAAUAUACCAAAAAGCUGACUGAUAAAUUGAGUUUGCGAUUUGUGUCAUACAACAUUCUAGCUGAUUUGUACGCCGACUCUGACAGAGCUCGUAAUCAAUUAUUUCCAUACUGUACUGCUGAAGCUUUGACACUGGAGUAUAGAAAGCAGCUGUUUUUGAAAGAAAUAUUAGGCUACAACGCUGAUAUUAUUUGUCUACAGGAAGUGGAUCAGAAAGUUUUUCAUGACGAUCUAGUUCCUGUCUUGUCAACGACUGGUCUCAAAGGCACAUUUAAUAAGAAAGGGGGUCAUGUUGCUGAAGGAUUAGCAUGCCUCUAUCGGAUUUCAAAAUUUAAACUAAUUGAAUCGCAUGCUAUAGUAUUAAGUCAAUCCGUAGAAGCAGAACCUUCUUUGCAAAAGAUAGCAUCCAAACUUAAAGAAAACCAAAAGCUAAAGGAGAAGUUUAUGAAAAGGACUACAUCUUUACAAGUUGUUCUUUUAGAAAGCUUGGAUGCUCCUAGAAAAAAGAUCCUAGUUGGCAAUACUCAUUUGUAUUUUCAUCCAAAGUCAAAUAACAUAAGGUUGAUACAAGCUGCUUCAUGCAUUUCCUACUUGGAAAAUUUACUCCAAAAAUAUCAAAUUGAAGAUCCUCAAUGUACUAUAGCUUUAAUUUUGAGUGGAGAUUUCAACAGCUUUCCUAAAGGUGGUGUGUAUAAAUUUAUUACAAAAGGUUACCUACCUAAGGACUGCUUAGACUGGAAAAGUAAUCCCGAAGAGGAAGUUAAAGGUUUAGCUUUAUCUCACUCGCUGCAACUGGACAGUGCUUGUGGGACACCAAAGUAUACAAAUUACACUGAGGGAUUUGCUGGGUGUAUAGACUAUAUAUUUUAUGAAAAAUGUCGUUUUCAUGUUUCUGCUGUUGUUCCCUUUCCAACAAAUGAGCAGCUGACAAAAUAUAAAGCUUUACCCAGCAAAGUGUUCCCAUCAGAUCAUAUUGCAUUAGUGUGUAGUUUAAAGUGGAAAUAAAAUAAAUUAUUAAUUUUUUUCUUUCUUUA